ACAAGCUCAGGUUCAGCAAACUCAGAAACGAGCAAAGUUAGUGGUAGUUUGGAAACAAAAUACAAAUGGGUGGAAUAUGGAUUGAUGUUCACAGAAAAGUGGAACACCGACAACACACUAGGCACGGAGAUUACUCUUGAAGAUCAGCUUGCACGUGGCCUGAAGCUGACCUUUGACUCCUCCUUCUCUCCUAACACUGGGAAAAAGAGUGCUAAAGUUAAGACAGGGUACAAAAGGGAACACAUCAACAUUGGCUGCGACAUGGAUUUUGAUAUUGCUGGUCCUUCAAUACGUGGAGCCCUGGUGGUUGGCUACGAGGGGUGGCUGGCAGGUUACCAAAUGACUUUUGAGACAACAAAGUCUAGAGUAACCCAGAGCAACUUUGCUGUUGGCUAUAAGACCGACGAAUUCCAGCUUCAUACUAAUGUGAAUGAUGGAACGGAAUUUGGAGGCUCCAUUUACCAGAAGGUGAAUGAUAAGCUGGAAACUGCCGUGAAUCUUGCUUGGACAGCCGGAAAUAGCAAUACUCGCUUUGGAAUAGCAGCCAAGUAUCAGAUUGACCCAGAUGCCUCUUUUUCUGCUAAAGUGAACAACUCCAGUCUGAUUGGAUUAGGAUACACUCAGACUUUAAAGCCAGGUAUCAAACUGACAUUGUCAGCUUUGUUGGAUGGCAAGAAUGUCAACGCAGGUGGUCACAAACUUGGUCUAGGAUUGGAAUUUGAAGCAUAAGGAGUGAUUCUACAACCGCUAAUUUGAAAAUACAGCAUAGCUACCUUCAGAAUAUAGUGUACCUUUCAAUGUUUUAUGUCUGGGAUGCAAGUAUUGCUAAGUAUCAGUCCUGCUAGUCCUGGUUAAAGACAGCUAAGCUUUAAAAAUUAUGUUGUUAAAGAAAUGGAGACAAAAGCAUAAAAAAAAAUUCUGAUUCCAACCUUUUUUUCCUUAAUGUUAUUGCCCAUCACAUCUGUCAGCUGCCAUGAUAGGAAGUAGGAAGGUAUUGAUUACCUUUACUAAGGUAUUGACUGCACAAGGAAUAUGUUAAUGUGGUAUAAAAACUGAGACGUUAAGAAUCGCAGACCACUAUAUCAUACUGUUAAUUCCAUAAGCAAAAUGUUCUGACAUUUAAGGUUUCCGUUCACAAUGGAAUGUGCAAACUU